GUUUAAAAACUGUUUAUGGAUAAUCAGGUAAAUAUUUCUUAUAUAACUCUGUUGGGGUAUGUAGAAAUGAACAAAUACAGAUAUUUGUAUUUUGCCAUUUUGUUUACAGUAUAUGUUUUAAUAAUCGGUAGUAAUUCUAUUAUUGUGUAUCUGAUCUGGUCAAACAAAAGCCUCCAUGAUCCUAUGUAUAUCUUCAUUGCAGCUUUGUUAUGUAACUGUGUUCUUUACAGCACCACCGUUUACCCAAAGCUCUUGAUUGACUUUUUAUCUGACAACCAGAUCAUAUCAUAUUCAGCCUGCCUCCUCCAGUUCUUCAUGUUUUAUACUUUAGGCAGUUCAGAGUUCAUCCUGUUGGCAGCCAUGUCUUUUGAUAGAUAUGUGUCUAUAUGUAAACCUCUGAGCUACCAAACAAUCAUGACUACAACCACGGUGAAAUGGCUUCUGGCUUUGGCCUGGGUUCUUCCUGUUUGUCAUGCUGCUGUACAAGUAAUACUGAGUGCUCAGUCUCAAAUAUGUCACUCAUCCAUGAAAGGAAUCUUUUGUAACAAUUCCAUAUUUUCACUUUAUUGUGUCAAGUCAACAUCACUUCUUGUAUUUGGAGUUGUUUCUUUAGUAGAUCUUUUAGUGCUUCCAUUGCUUUUUACAAUUUUUACAUAUGCAAAAAUAUUUACAGUAUCUUAUCAAAAAAGUCAAACAUUUAGGAGAAAGGCUGCAGAGACAUGCAUACCUCACCUGUUGGUUUUAAUCAGCUUCUCCUACUUAGCUUCUUAUGACAUAAUUAUAGCUCGAGUGGAGUCUAGUUUGCCUAAAACUGUUCGCUAUAUAAUGACAUUACAAAUAUUUCUGUAUCACCCUUUGUUUAACCCAUUUAUAUAUGGUUUAAAAAUGAAAGAAAUUUCUAAAUAUUUGAAGAACUUUUGUUUAAUCAAAGUCUAA